AUUUUCUUUGUAUGGUUGCCAUGACCGAUGUUUACAUGAUCAGCUGAUUUUGCAGGAAAGUGUUUGAAGUUUUGAUCAAGGGAAAAGGACAUUGGAUAUGUUGUAGCUACACAACAAGAAUGUCGGUGUAUCGAAAGUGGUGUGAAGCUCUGGGCUGUAACAGCUUCAAGCACACACCUGCGGACCCUAGGGAUACACCGUUGUUCACUUUCCCCUCAGACUUAGAUUUGUGUAAGGCAUGGGUUCAAGCAGGUGGAAACCCUGACCUGUUACAAAUUGAUUCAUGCAAGUUGCACAAAAAGCUACUACAUGUGUCAGAAGCACUUUCUGCCUGGCAACUUCACUGAUGGAAGAAAGGAAAGAUUAAAACAAGGAGUGACUCCAUCAGUUUUCAAACACCCUCCUCUUCCUGAUGAGGACAUGGCAAACUGGCCACUGCAUAAUCUACCAAAAAAGAAGAAGAGCCAACGCCUCUUUCCUCCUCCUGAUGAGGAUAUGCUCACUUCUGUUCAAAUGGUUGAGCCUGAUAUUAUAGCAGCUUAUCAAGAGGCCAUCAUAGUCCAUCCAAAUAUAAGGAGAGGGGACAUGAAAAGAAAACGGGCUGAUGACUUAAAUGAUGAGGAUGAAGAGUUUCGAGAUCCGGAUCAUGCAGUGAAACGACCUCAUGCAGAAGAGACUGACAUAGCUGUUCCUCAUGUAUCAAGAUCCACAGAGAGAGAAGCUCACUCCCCAAAUGAAAGAAAGCAUCGUUCUCCUCCACCUGAAAGGCUGACCGUCUCCAAAAUUGCGUUGGCAAGUGGGAUUUCAAACCCAAACACUCUCUCCCAUCGUGAGAAGCAGCUGGCUAAAACUGCCAUGCAGUAUCACUCUGAUGCUCGCCGAAUAAAACAUUUACUGCAAUGUUCUCAAAGGCGCGGUGCAAAUUUAAAGAAGUUAGCCAAAAAAUCAUCAGUUGACCUGAUACAUGGAAUGCUCAUUUCACCUGAAGCAAAGAUCAUCUUGGAAGCUCAGUUUGAAAAUUGGAGAAGAAAGCCUCAAGGGAGGAGAUGGAGUCCACAAAUGAAAUGUCUCGCUCUUGCAAUUUGGAAGAGAAGUCGUAAGGUGUACAGAUGGUUAGCAAGUAGACUUGCCCUACCUGUCGAAAGCACAUUACGGUAUUUACUUGUUGAUAUCCCUUUACAGCCUGGAGUUAAUCGAAUAGUCAUGGACAACUUGAGCAAGAAGAUAAAAGAUUAUUCAAUAAAAGACCGUGUGUGCCAGAUAAUGUUUGACGAAGUUUCUUUAAAACAAGGUGUAUAUUGGAACAAGAUGAUAAAAUUAAUAGAAGGGUUUGAGGAUUAUGGUCCAAACGGCCGGACUAUUGCGAUGGCCACUCAUUCAAUGGUGUUUAUGGUGCAAAGCAUAAACAGAAAAUUUAAACAGCCUGUUUACUACCUGAGCCGUGGAACUUGUCCAACACCUAUUCUAAAGGAUCUAUUAGUAAAUGUGAUAAGAGCCCUUCAGAAUAUUGGCCUUGUUGUCAUUGCCAGUGUUUCUGAUCAGGGUUCCACUAAUCGUGGUGCCAUAAAUAUCCUCAGAAGAUCAUGUCAAGAAGGUUUGUACGAGUCCGUGUACGAAGUGGAUGGGAACAAGAUUUGCCAUAUCUAUGACAUUCCCCACAUUUUCAAAAAUAUUCGAAACAAUUUCAUGAAAUGUGAUGUUGACAUUAGGCUGAAGCAAAAGGCAUCAUGGGAGCAUCUUAUUCACUACAAACAAUUGUGUGAACAAACUCUUUUUAAAAAGGUCUCACUUACAAAUGAUCAUCUCUUCCCAACAGGAAAAAAGAAAAUGCGUUGCAAAUUGGCCAUGGAAACGUUGAGCCAUUCUGUCGCCUCUGAUAUUGCUGGGAUAAACCUAGCCAGUGAAGGGAAAUACCUAUCACAUUGUAUUAUUACAGCAAAAUUCCUAUCCGAUGUGGACCUUUUUCUGGAUCUCUCCCAAGGAAAGGGGCCAAAGGAUAAAGAAAAACCACUUCAAAGAUGUUCUGUCACCAGAGAUACUAUUCACCAUGUGAUGUGGGUCAAAAUGAUUAAAGAAAUGAAAACCUGGAAAUUUGUCAGAAGAUUUGGUAAGAUGAAAGGUCAGGUUCAUGUCCCCAUCUGUGUUAGUGGUUGGAUAGAUAAUGUGAAAUGUUUUCAGAGGAUAUGGAAAAAUUUGCAUGAUCAUUUUAACUUUCAAGAACUUAACUUGAGAAAUUUUGAUCAAGAUCCAAUUGAAAAUUUCUUUUCUAUUAUCCGGGCUACAAAUGGCUCCAACAGGAAUCCGACAGUAACAGCAGUUUACUGCUUCUAUGAAAACUGCAAUAGUAAACAAUCUCUCCUCUUCUUUUAUAAAAGGAAAAAAUUGUGAGGAUGAUACAAGUGAAUUACUGUCUAAUAUGUUGGAGUUAAUUGGCAGGAAUAGAAAUGUAAGCUCUUCUAGUGAGGACACCACAUCAACAGAAUGCUCAAUUGUUAGGGGCCAAGGAGAGUUGGACCCCCCAAUAUUUAGAACUGAGUACAGGUCAAAAUGCAGCAGGCAAGAUCCUGCCAUGUGGUGCACAAAAAUUGCUAACAGAAUUUUAACCACUGAAAAGUUUUCAGCUUGCCCUUCUUGUAGGAGUACACUGCUGAUCCCAACAAGUGAAGAAAGUUCAGCUGAUCAUCUCCUCCAAGAAUGCCUGCAGCUAACAGCUUUGAACCGGCAUAUUGCAGACUUGCAGAGAAAGCAAAGAACACAACUUUCAACCUAUUCUGACCUUGUAAAACUAAAAAUUUCGAACGAGGAAACCAGAAGAUGCUUAUAUGCAUCUCCAAGUAUGGUCAAUGCUUACCUCAUGUGUCAUCGAAAUUUCCUCCAUAAGUGCCAAUCUUUUUUGUUCCAUACCAGUGUUUAGGAUGAGACAGUUCAAACCUGCUCAUCAGCUUGUUCCUUUGAGUGGUUGUGUGCAGAGCACCAACCUGAACUGAAGAAAUUACUCCUAGAUAGCUUUGCUGAUUCCUUUUUAGAAAACAUUUGUGUACAGAUUAAUAAGUUGACAAGAGAUGCAGAAAAAUUAAAGUCCACAAAGUCGGCACUUCGUACUUGGAGAGCAAGGAUCAUGAACCAUGCUGACAGAGGCAUAGGAAUCAAGACGAUGAGGACUGGGAGGAUUUUGAAUCUUUGCUACAAUACAUUGAAAAAAUGCCUGAACCAGCUACACCACCAGCUACACCUUCGUGUUCCACAGCUCAUUUCAGUUUGGUAUUUUGGGUAAGGAUAGUAUACCAUCCCUUGGAUUCCUGGUGAACUUACGAUGGGUGAAACUGGUUUCUAUCAUUAUUGUGGACUCAUCUCUUGCUGGGAUUCAUCGAUUUUUGGUAUUUGGUUUACUUUUCAUUGUCUUGGUGUAUAGCAUGUUAAACUGCAACCUGGUUACAGGGCUGGGUUAGUAGCAGGGUCAAUGAGCUGGUCGAAUUGAUAACAAUAUCUCUGUAUAUUGUUACUUUCUUUAAGAAGUCCUGAACCAACCCCUGGUAUUUUUAAUGUUCAAGUAUAACUAACAUUUAUUUGUUUCAUGUUAUUUAUCAUGCUACAAUCAUUUUAUUUGCCGUUAAAACUGCAAAAUGUCUGUCUGUCUGUCACUUGUCACUUGUCACUUGUCACUUGUCACUUGUCACUUGUCACUUGUCACUUGUCACUUGUCACUUGUCACUUGUCACUUGUCACUUGUCACAUCAGAAACAUAGGGAAAACCACAUCUGGUUACAUAAAGUCGAGAUCAUCAUGACUUUUGGAUGUUGGGUUGUGGUCCACAAGUAUUUACAACCCCACAGAAUCUCCAUCCACCAUCUACGCCCAUCCACUUCCACAGCCCAGUCCUGUGUCACACUUAUUGAGGACUCCCCUUCAUCAUCAUACUGCACCAUCAACAUCCACAGAAUCAACCCCACAGAAUCUCCAUCCUCCAUCUACACCCAU